AUGUGUGACAAAGCAUUUUCAGAUAAAAGUACUCUUAAAACUCAUAUGACAGUGCAAAUAGGAGAGAAGAAAUUUAAAUGUGAAAUAUGUGACAAAGCAUUUGCUCAUAAAUUUACCCUUAAAUCUCAUUUAGAAGUACAUUUAGGACCAAAGAAAGAGAAGAAUUAUGAAUGUGGAAUAUGUUACAAAGCAUUUGCUAGCAAUAGCAUUCUAAAAUCACACAUGACAGUGCACACAGGAGAAAAGAAUUAUAAAUGCGAAAUAUGUGACAAAGCUUAUGCUCGCAAUAACCAUCUCAAAUCACAUAUGGCAGUGCACACAGGGGAGAAGAAUUAUGAAUGUGAAAUGUGUGACAAAGCAUUUGCAGAUAAAUGUACUCUUAAAAAACAUAUGACAGUACACACAGGGGAGAAGAAAUUUAAAUGUGAAAUAUGUGACAAAGCAUUUGCUCAGAAAAAUAAUGUUAAAUCUCAUAUGGUUGUGCACACGGGAGAGAAGAAUUAUAAAUGCCAAAUAUGUGACAAAGCAUUUGCUCAUAAAUUUACUCUUAAAUCUCAUUUAGAAGUACAUUUAGGACAGAAGAAACAGAAGAAUUAUAAAUGUGGAAUAUGUGACAAAGUAUUUGCUCAUAAAGAUACUUUAAAAACUCAUAUAGAAGUACAUUUAGAUGGGAAGAAAUAUAAAUGUGGAAUAUGUGACAAAGCAUUUGCAGUUAAAAGUACUCUUAAAACUCAUAUGACAGUACACACAGGAGAGAAAAAAUUUAAAUGUGAAAUAUGUGACAAAGCAUUUGCUCAGAAUUGUACUCUUAAAUCUCAUAUGGUUGUGCACACGGGAGAGAAAAGUUAUAAAUGCCAGAUAUGUGACAAAGCAUUUGCAAGAAAAAGUAACCUCAAAAGUCAUGUGACAGUGCACAUGGGAGAGAAGAAUUAUAAAUGUGAAAUAUGUGACGAAGCAUUUCGUUGCAAUAGACAUCUAAAAAGUCAUAUGGCAGUACACACGGGAGGGAAGAAUUAUGAAUGUAAAAUAUGUGAGAAAGCAUUUGCUUGCAAUAGUCAUCUGAAAAUUCAUAUGACAGUGCACACAGGAGAGAAGAAAUAUAAAUGCGAAAUAUGUAACAAAGCCUUUUCUAUUAAAAGCAAUCUAAAAACUCAUAUGACAGUGCAUACGGGACAAAAAAAAUAUAAAUGCGAAAUAUGUGACAAAGUAUUUGCUCAUAAAAGUACUUUAAAAACUCAUAUAGAAGAAGUACAUUCAGGAGAGAAGAAUUAUCAAUGUGAAAUAUGUGACAAUGCAUUUGCAGGUAAAAGAUACCUUAAAAAGCAUAUGACAGUACACACAGGAGAGAAGAAUUAUAAAUGUGACAUAUGUGACAAAGCAUUUGCUCGUAAAUAUACUCUCAGAAUUCACAUGGUUGUGCAUACGGGAGAGAAGAAAUUUAAAUGUGAAAUAUGUGACACAGCAUUUGCUCAAAAGAGAGAGAAGAAAUAUAAAUGUGAAAUAUGUGACAAAGCAUUUGCAGAUAAAAAUUACCUUAAAAGGCAUAUAACAGUACACACAGGAGAAAAGAAAUUUAAAUGUGAAAUAUGUGACAAAGCAUUUGCUCACAAUGGCAUAGAAAAGAAUUAUAAAUGUGAAAUAUGUGACAGAGCAUUUGCUCGCAAGGGCGAUCUGAAAUCACAUAUGGCAGUACACACAGGUGAGAAGAAUUAUGAAUGUGAAAUAUGUGACAGAGCAUUUGCUCGCAAAGCCGAUCUGAAAUCACAUAUGGUAGUACACACAGGAGAGAAGAAUUAUCAAUGUGAAAUAUGUGAGAAAGCAUUUGCACAAAAGAGUAAUCUGACAGCUCAUAUAAAAGUACAUUCAGGAGAGAAGAAAUAUAAAUGCGAAAUAUGUGACAAAGUGUUUGCUUAUAAAUGUACUCUAAAAUCUCAUAUAGAAGCACAUUCUGGACAGAAGAAUUAUAUAUGUGGAAUAUGUGAAAAAGCAUUUGCAAAUAAAAGCCAUCUGAAAUUUCAUAUGGCAGUACACACAGGAGAAAAGAAUUAUGAAUGUGAAAUAUGUGACAAAGCAUUUGCUCGCAAUGACUAUCUGAAAACACAUAUGACACUUAAUGAAGCCGAGUCUAAGUUAGAUAGCAGUAAAAAAUUGAGGAGGCCAAAAGCAGUAUUACAACAGUUACAAGGAUUAAUAUCACAGGAGUUGAUUAUAUUGACUCAUAAAGAUUAA